AGAGACUGACAGCAAAUUGGAGAGUAAGGGAUAGCAUCAUACACAUGGCAGCUUCUGUCAUGGCCUCUUUUGCUCUGCAACCAUCUCCAUCUCCAUUUUUCGAACAGAUACAAGUCCGGGCCAUCCGACCAUCAUCAAGUCGAUCAUCGCUCAGAGUAAUGGCCAAAAAAGCAAAGAAAAUCCAGACUUCUCAGCCUUUCGGACCUGGAGGAGGAUUGAACCUGAAGGAUGGUGUCGACGCGUCUGGAAGACCAAUCAAGGGGAAAGGGGUGUACCAGUUUGCCAGCAAGUACGGAGCAAAUGUUGACGGGUACAGUCCAAUAUAUAAUCCAGAGGAAUGGUCUCCAAGAGGUGAUGUUUAUACUGGAGGAAAGACAGGAUUGUUGCUUUGGGCAGUCACUCUUGCUGGUAUUCUGCUGGCUGGUGCUCUUCUUGUCUACAAUACUAGUGCCUUGGCUUCUUGAAGCCUGUUUUGCAGCAAACCAACUAAUGUAGUACCAUGCAAGUUCACUUAUUCUAGAAUGGAUCCGAGCCAGCUAUGCAAAUAGAAUUAACUACUUUGAGUGAAAAAAAUUAUAUAAAUAAGUAAUGUUCUUAUUGUUGUGCAAUGUGGUAGAAGCUCAGUAAGCAGGGU